CGCGGAUACAAGUCCAAAAAGCAGGCGCAUCCGGCGCCAUGAGAAGGUAUCGACACCAUUCAAAAUCAAGUGAUUGCAGAAAGCUAUCGAACCUUGUCAAAUAAUUCUUGCGUCCAUCACAUUCCCGCUUAUGUUCACGCCUUCAACCUACCCCAACCAUUGCCUCAACGUACCGAAAAAGCGAACACUCCAUUGAUAGUAGCGCCAGCAACCCUUGUGUAUCCAUCCGAAGCCAGCGCGCCAGCGCGCAGCUUUUCCCGCCAAAUCGACGAAACCUUCAAACGCAGCAGUCACUUUAGAAGUGAUCGUGCGUUGUCAGUGGGUCAGCACGCCCUAGCUCAGCUCGCACGAGAUUUGAGUUUUCCUCUUUCUUCAUCUAACCACUCAGGACCACUGUUUCUCAAGUAACUCAACGUAAAUUGUCUGUUUACGAGACCUGAGCUCGCAGGAGCAGUAUUUGCGACGAUGUGGAUCCAAGUGCGAACCAUGGACGGCGGGAAGUCGGUGCGCAUUGAUGGCCUCUCGAAGAUCACUAAGGUGGAAGAACUGCGGCUUCGUGUUCGCGAUGAAUUCGACGUCGAAACAGCGUUGCAGAGACUCUUCUACCGAGGCAAACAGCUGGAAGAUGGCUAUACUUUAUUUGAUUAUGACGUUGGGUUGAAUGAUAUUAUUCAGCUGCUAGUCAGGGUUGUUCCACCAGAUUCCACAAGCACAUCUUCUGCAAGCUCUUCGACUUCACUCAAAGAGAAUUUGAAGGAACCAAGCAAACCACCUGUUGGAUCUCCAUGCUUCAUGCAAAGCCUGUACUACAAGGUGGGCGAUCUGGUGGAUGCUCGAGAUUUGACAAAUGGAGCUUGGUUUGAAGCCAAAGUUGUCAAAAUUACCCAAGGUGAAUGCACGUCUACACCCCCAGACUCGGGGGAAGAAACUAAUGUGGUGAAUGGCUGCGAGAGAGAGAGCGUAUUGGAGGCUUCAAAACCAAAAACAGCAGAGUCGCAGCCUUUGCCUGCUCGUUCUGCAGCCAAUGAACCAUCUGUGGAAUUAAAAAGAGAAGAUCCAACAAAUUCCAUUGCAGAUGAUGGCUUACUUUACCACGUUCAGUUUGAUGAUUAUGAAGAUGAAGUGGUUGCACUAAAUCUGAACUGUCUCCGGCCACGAGCCAAGAAGGUGGUCCCCUUUGUAGAUGUGAGCAUUGGUGAUAGACUCAUGGUCAAUUUCAAUGUCGAAGAGCCAUCUUCAUUGGGCUUUUGGUAUGACUGCCUGGUGACUUCCAAGAAGUCGACUCGCACCCAGAAAGAGCUGUGGGCCACCAUAUUUAUUGGGGCAUCAAAAACACCUUUGGAAAAUUGCCGUCUCAUGUUCUGUGAUGAACUUUUUGCCAUUGAGCCGCAUCCAGCUGUUAAUGCUGCAGACCGUCAAAAUUUUGAGCAGUCCCAUGUUAAACGUCGACGGCAGCCUGACUGCACACACUGUGGUGAUCGACCAGAGCGCCGCUGCCGCCACUGUGCUUGCUGUCGUUGUGGAAGUAAAAAGGAGCCUGAGCGGCAGUUGCUUUGCGACGAAUGUGACCGGGCUUUUCACUUGGGCUGCCUCGAGCCACCUUUAGAAGAACUGCCAGAGGAAGAGCACUGGUUCUGCCCAGACUGCAAGCAUGAUCCAACAGAGGUUGUUCAGCCUGGGGAAGCUUUGAAGGAGUCUCGGCGCAAGUCCCGACUGCCCUCAAUUGUUGGUGAAGGCAAACGCGACUGGGGCCGUGGCAUGGCCUGUGUGGGACGUACGCGUGAAUGCACUUUGGUGCCAGCCAACCACUUUGGGGCCCUUCCUAAUGUGCCUGUUGGUUCUCUGUGGAAAUUCAGGCUUCAGGUGUCAGAAUCUGGCUGCCAUCGGCCACCAGUUGGAGGAAUACAUGGAAGGGAGUCAGAUGGGGCUUACUCUAUUGUUCUUUCAGGAGGCUAUGAGGACGACCAGGCGUCCAUCAGACUUCCAAUGGAUAUCCAAAAACGAAUUUGUACAUCUAUCGGACAUCCGAAAAGGGAUCCUGUGGCGGACAUAUUUUGGAUGGACGAUGGUGAGCAGUUCUUAUAUACUGGCAGUGGUGGCCGUGACCUGUCCGGAAACAAGCGCACUGCAGAGCAGUCUUGUGACCAAAAGUUGACUCGCAUGAACAUGUCUCUUGCACGAAACUGUGCAGCACCAAUAAAUGCUAAAGAUGGUGCUGAAGCAAAAGACUGGCGAGAAGGCAAGCCUGUACGAGUGAUCAGGAGCUUUAAAGGCCGAAAGCAUUCGAAGUAUUGUCCUGAAGAUGGCUACCGCUAUGACGGAGUAUACAAGCUGGUGAAGUACUGGCCUGAAAAGGGAAAAUCCGGUUUCCUGGUCUGGCGCUACUUGCUUCGAAGAGACGACAAGAGUCCUGCUCCUUGGACGGCAGCUGGCAAGCUAGCGGCUGAGAAACUGGGUCUUUGCAUGCAGUAUCCUGAAGGCUACCUGGAGUCUCAAGAUGGUGAUGCUAACAAUUCUGGCUCAGAAAAUGAUGCUACAGCUGCUAAAGGGAAAGGCAAACGAUCAAGAGCAAGCUCCGGUGAAGAUGCAGCUACUACUACAAAAAAGCGACGUGCCAGCAGUGGCCAACUUGGAAGUUCCUGGGCACUGGAAGCAUCAGUGCACAAGACAAUAGAAGCAGAUAAAUGCAACAAGCGGCUCUGGAGUGAAUGCUUGGCUGCGACAUCAAUGGGCCGAGUGGCUUUCCUAGAUCGCGUUCAGGCAGUGUUUACAUGUGUGUGCUGCCAAGAACUGGUCUGCCAUCCUGUGACAACACCCUGCAACCACAACCUGUGCCAGAGCUGUCUACAGAGAUCCUUCAAGGCUGAGGUGUUCAGCUGCCCAACAUGCCGCCAGGAACUGGGUAACACAUACACACUUCUGGUCAACAAGUCCCUGCAGAAAACACUGCAGGCGCUUUUCCCAGGAUAUGAAAAUGGACGAUGAGUGGGCCUAUAUUAGGGCUGUACUUCUGGUGCCUGUGUUGUAUCGCUGACCUGUGCCAAGGGCGGUGGUAUCUGUGGCUACAUUUACUGCAAUGACGUGCAUUUACUGUAAUGCAACACGAAGUCCCAUGAAGAAAGCCAUCUUUAGUGUAGCAUGAAAUUAGUGUCAUCUUUGAAUGUGAUGGCAGGACCAGCUUGCUGUUUUUCACUGACUUUUAGCUGGUGUUUUUAGCUUAGUUUUGUGAAUGUUAAGAUCUUGCUUUUGGCAAAGGCAGUGUUUUAUUGUCCCCUUGUUCUGUAUACAAAUUGGUUUUUGUUAACAUGGUACAUGUGUUGUUUCAGUAUGUUGUGUCUCUGGAUGCCUGUUUUAUACUCAGUGAAUGUUUGCUUUCUAAAGCCCUUUUGCCUUGGAUGGAUGGUAAAGUCAGAAAGCCACCAAAUUUGUUUUAUUGGCUAUUUUAUAGCAAGAAAUUCAGUGCAUUUGAGAAAAGCCACUGAAAAGGGUCAGUUUGUUUGAAGUUUAUUGUUGACACUUAAUGAUGUUUGGCCUCAUACUUAAAUAACUGGCACGUAUGAAGUGGCGAUUGUAUUUUCUCUCUGAAGUGUCUACAAGUACAAAUUGAUAAACAGUGUGUAAGGAUAGCCACAUGGGCAUGUAUAUGUGAGUGGACUGCUCUGUGGGAUUGAGUCUUCAAAUUAUUUUUUUCUUUUUCCGUACUUCACAGUUUCACCAGAGUUAAGAGUACAACGAUGACAUGCAUUCAUUCAUCCUAACGCUACUUAUAAUCUGGGGAAAUGCUAAGUUUGCCUUUCCAUUUUUGUUUUGUGACAUGGCAUAACAAGUAGCAAGCAAUGUUGCACUGGAGCAAGAAAAUUAUAGCUUUUGUGUGUUUAGUAGUGUGGAAAUAUUUGAACCUGAGCUUAACUUUUUAACCAUAAAUAAUGCUUUUACAUUGGAUGUCAUGCUGAAUUGCCAGUAACAACCAAAAAUCAGUUCAGGUAGCGUAUAGCCUGCUAAUUGCUUUGUGUAAAUCACCAGUAUGAGUUAUUAUGAAAUUGUGCUAUAGCAAAUGGAAAAAAAAAAGACUGCUAAUUCAUGGUGAUGCACAAGGCCUAAUCAGUAGUAAAUUUUUUUAAUGAUCCUCCAACAGAAGAAAAUACACUUUUGGUGUAUGCAACAAGAUUAUGCAACAGUAGCAUAAUCAUGUCAUUGGUGUUGAACCAAGCAUGUUGCCAUUGCUAUAGCAGAAUAUUUAGCUAGAAAGACUGAAGGCUUCAGCUAUGCAGUGUUUGCUGUGCUGAUUCUGCAAGAUGAAUCAUGGCAUGUAGUCGUCGUAGAGCUCAGUUUGUGAAUCAAGUGAAUGCGAGUUGGCAUGUUUACAUUGUUUUCAUUAUUGAGGUUUAAGCUGCUGAAGGUUUUUGUAACAGUACACUCUUUUGCAUUCUUUAUAUGCUUAGGUGCGCCAUAAAAUAUGACACAUGAAAUUAAAUAUAGUGUUUGACAAUGGGCUGCAUUUUGGUUGCCCCAAUAUCGACCACAAUAUUCCUGACUACAUGAAAAAUAAAUUCUUCUCACUUUUUUGUCAUCAA